CGGCGGGAGCGCACAGGGCAUGCGGCGGCGGCGGAAGAAGCCGAGGGGCAGGAGAUGGUACAGAUCCACCACAGAGAUCCGGAAGGAGAAGUCGCGGGACGCAGCGCGAUGCCGCCGCAGCAAGGAGACGGAAGUGUUCUACCAGCUGGCCCACACCUUGCCCUUCGCCCGGGGGGUCAGCGCCCACCUGGACAAGGCCUCCAUCAUGCGCCUGACCAUCAGCUACCUGAGGAUGCACAAGCUGCUGACCUCCGGUAAGGACCCCGCGUGUAACGAAGUGGAAGCGGAGGAGCAGGUGGACGCCUAUUACCUGAAGGCCCUGGACGGCUUCCUCAUGGUCCUGACAGAGGAAGGUGACAUGAUCUACCUCUCCGAGAAUGUCAACAAGCACCUGGGCCUCAGCCAGCUGGAGCUCAUUGGCCACAGCGUCUUUGAUUUCAUUCAUCCCUGCGAUCAGGAAGAACUGCAAGAUGUACUGAGCCCCAGGCAGGGUUUUUCAAAGAAGAAGGAAGUGAAGACGGAGCGCAGUUUCUCCUUGCGCAUGAAGAGCACCCUGACUACCCGGGGGCGCACCGUCAACCUCAAGUCCGCCACCUGGAAAGUCCUGCACUGUGCCGGCCACAUGAGGUCCUACGUGCCUGCCAAGCCAGCGGGGGACAAGGAGCCGGAGGGGGGUUUCACGGAGCCCCCGCUGCGUUGCCUGGUGCUGAUCUGCGAGGCCAUCCCGCACCCGGCCAACAUCGAGACGCCUCUGGACAGCGGCACCUUCCUCAGCCGCCACACCAUGGACAUGAAGUUCACCUACUGCGAUGACAGGAUCGCCGAGGUGGCCGGUUACACGCCCAAAGAUCUGCUGGGCUGCUCCAUCUAUGAGUACAUCCACGCCCUGGACUCUGAUUCCGUCAGCAAGAGCAUCAACACCCUGCUAAGCAAAGGGCAGGCCGUGACCGGGCAGUACCGCUUUCUGGCCAGGAACGGAGGCUACCUGUGGACUCAGACGCAAGCCACCGUCAUCUCCAGCAGCAAGAACUCCCAGCCUGAGAGCAUCGUCUGUGUCCACUUCAUCCUGAGCCAGGUGGAGGAGGUGGGCUUGGUGCUUUCCCUGGAGCAGACUGACCGGCAAGGGGAACACCGCCGCCUGCCCCCGCCGUCCCUCGAAGGACUGGACUCCGACGGGAGCCUGGAGGAGCUGGACGCCAACGGCGGAGAUACCAUUAUCAACCUCAGCUUCGAGCUGCGUGGCCCCAAGGUCCUGGCCUUCUUGUGUCCGGCCAACGUCAGUGAGGAAGAACUGCAGCUGGACCCCAAACGUUUCUGCAGCCCCGACCUCCAGAAGCUCCUGGGCCCGAUCUUCGACCCUCCCGGAGCUCAGAGCCCGUCCGGAGGGACUCCGCGGGCGCGGGCCCCGGCACCAGCCCCCAAACCUGCUGACCUGCCGGACGAACUCCUUUUCGACAUGGAGAAUGUCCAGAAGCUGUUUGCUGCCAAUAAGGAGACUCAGUCGAUGGAGACGGCACUGCAGGACUGCGAAGGCCUGGACUUAGAGAUGCUGGCUCCCUACAUCUCGAUGGACGAUGAUUUUCAGCUGAGCAGCACCGAGCACCUGCCGUGGCUGGCCGAGAAGCGGGGGGACGCCAGAACCCGGCCCACCUCGCCACCUCCGCGGCCCCGUUCCAGAAGCUUCCAUGGGGUGUCUCCCCGCCCACCUGAAUCGACCGCCCUUCCUCGCUGGGGCAGCGACACCAGUCUGAGCCAGCCCCGCCCCUCCCAGCCUCUGGAAAGCGACCAGUGCGAUGCCGGGCAGGUGGUAGAAAUGGUGGCAUCUGUGAAGAUCCAGGGGCUGGAGGAAGGGACCAGUCCAAACGUCCCAGUGGCCUUGGGUGGUAGGAAGAGGGCUCGGGACCUGAGUGCGGAAGAGGAGGGGGACAUCUUCCUGGAGGCGGGGGCCCCCAAGCGUGCCCACGGCCACGAGCCCGACGGGUUUCUGAUGCCAUCCCUGAGCCUGGUAGGUGUGAAAGUUCUCUCGCUCAUCCCCAUCUCCCCCUCCCCCUCCCUGCAGCCCAGGGUGCGCUCGUCAUGA